UACAUCAUAAGCAUGGGAGACGACGGACCUUCGAAGUCGGAACUGCAAAGUGCUAUGCGAAAGCUUCGGUCGAUACCUGCUAAUAAGGCAUCCAAGAAGUCUGCUCUUGGUGCUCAUAAGGUACGCAUUGAUUUUGACGAAUUGGAACACAGAGCUGUUGACUAUGAAAAGAAACAUGCAGAGAGUGGCGCUAACAUUACUCCAACUUCACAGCUGGUGGAACAGGAUGAACCUGUUGCGAAGUUAAGUGCUCGGUUAGCAAUGCAAGAUAUUGACAAAAAGUCUCUUCAGGCUAAAGUCGCAGCAGACCCUCAAAAAGCUGCUGCUGUAGAAAGACUUGGUAUGGGAGGUUUCGGUAGACCGCGUGCAGCUCACUCCGUAGCACAGGGUGUUAAGACGAUUAAACAGGUAGAUCUGAGUAGCCGUACAGCUCCAUCUUCAUCCCCAACUUCCAAAGCUGAUGAUGAGUGGGACUUUGUUGAGGACAGGCCAGCUAAGAAUAAUGACAACGAUUUCUUUACAAUUGACUAUUCGUCUAAGCCCAAAACGGAUUUCUUCGAUAGCUGGCAAGAGCAGUCACAAAAACAGUGA